UUAUAAUGUAUAUAGUUCAUUAACGCCAGGGUAUCUAUUCCUCUGAUUUUGCUUUCUUUGAUUUUUUUUCCACAUUGAGGGGAGCCUCAAUUUUCCAAAGAAAGGGGAUGUAAUGUAGUGAUUGUAUAAAUCACUACAUACAUAUAGCCUAGACAUCAUAAUGUAAAAUACCCCUUCUCAGAACCAUCCCUUUUUAUGUCCAUACCCCCUUCUCAGAACCCUUUUCAUUUAUGUAAUCCACGCCAAUAAAAACCCUUAUUGUUAAUAGUUCAAACAACCCCUAAUCAUAGAACAAAGAACUGCCUUCCCCUUCCCAAUAAUCAAACCCCCCUUUUGUCCUAUACCCAAACACUUGGAUUAUAAUUUAUGUAGAAGCUUGAAGAUAUAUUGAGUGUACACCCAAGGGUGGAGGUUAGAUAAGUUAAGAUCAUCACAGAGUUAAGAUCUACAUCGACGUACGUUGUGAUAUGCUUUUCAACUCUACAUGCAAUAUUGCUGGAGAUGAUUAAUUGAUGAUUAAUAAAGAUUCUUGAUUGAAUUGUACGUCGUAUGUUCCUGUGUCGUCAUUGAGAUGCUCCCAACUAAGAAAUGAACGAUCCCAACACAACAGUAGGCUGCACAUUCAGAGCUCUUAACUUGACUGAUGAACGGUUUGCAAGGCAGACUAUCACAAGCCGAUAAAUCCUCUGGGAAACCCCCUGACACCGUUUUUACGUCACUGGCAAUUUGGGGAUUCCCCGUCCCCGAUAUGCCGCCUGCCUGAGGCUGAGCGUGCAGUGCACAAUAAUGCAGUUAGCAUGGAGCUAUAAAACACUCAUGCAGUUAGUGUAUAUAGAUAAAUUUGCGAAUACGGCACGUACCUUCUUACGUCACAGAGACUGCUGCACAAUCCGGAAUUAGAAGACAAACGUUACAACAACUUGGACUUUUGAAAUAAAUUAAUUCAUUGAUCGCCAGUAGAAGAGCUAAACCAUCGAUUCGUAUGAUAUAAUCGCAGUUCAUUUGAUUGUGAACUUUCAAGAUGGCCGCCCGUCCCUUGGAUGCUCUGUCUGCUGUAGAUGUAGAGAAAGAUGCUGGAAUGACUGACCCAGGAACGAGCUCUUGUAUCAAAGGACUUGGAGCAUUAUGUCUCAUGUUUGAUAGUCACAUAGCUCAGCUUGAUAAACUCAAGGAAACAGCUCUUAGAACGGAGCAAGAUCUGGGGUCAAAGGUCACUAGAUUGGAACAGAAGAACAGAGAACAGGAUGAGAAGAUCAGAAGGUUAGAGCAGGAAAAUAUUUUGUUGAAGGGAAAUUGUCAUAUUUCGAAUGGAGAGAAAGAUCAGCAACACACAAGUCGUUCAGAUGAAACCAUUGACUGGAAGAAAAAAUAUGAGGAGAUGAGGAAGGAAUGUGAGAAGCUUAAGGGAGAGUUGCGUCUCAUCAAUUCUAUGAGGAAUUCAGGCAGCCUUUGUAAUUCCGAAGCAGGAGCCAAACAAGAUGAGAUAUCUGCAGAGGAAGAAAGUCCAGUCACCAUGGAUCACCAGUUAUAUAUAUCUGAGAAAGUUCCGGCAAGUGAUUUUAAACACAUCCUUCGUCAUUUGAGUGUGAACGACACGGAUGUGAAGAAUAUUUAUAAUGAAAACCGUGAUGAUGCCAAGGAAUGUAUCAUACAAGGGCUAGAGAAAUGGAGGAAAAUCAAGGGGACAAAGGCCACAGUAGGGGCCCUAGUUCAAGGGUUGUUGAAAGGUCAUCAACGAGAUGUCGCUGAAGAGUUCUGUGAGAAAAAUAAUCUACAUCAACUACAGAAGAAAAUUGGUCUAGUUGAAGAUACAGUAUCACUAGCAGGAUUGUCAAAUGCCACCGGAAAUGAAGAAGUUGAUUUUCCAGGUUCUGAUUUUACUGCUGCCCCAGUAUGCCCUUCAGAUAGACCACUUCACAUUACAGUAUGGACUCAUCUGAUACACCCUACUCCUACCAGCCUUGAAGAGUUAGACCAGGAACUCUCUGAAUGUGACCUUUUUACCUCGGACCAACUCAAACAAAUCACCAAGAGGAAAUUCUUCCAAAAUGAUUCUGAGAGAGAAGAAUUCUUGAGGGUAUGUGGAGAUGGGAAUGUAAUUGUUGUCCUCCAUGAGUUAGUAAGAAGAUUGUCAUCAAGAAAUGAGACAGACCAAUCCACAGUUAUGAUGGACCUUGGCAAGCUACUUCGUAAACUGGGAAGGAAAGAUAUCCGCAGCGUUUUAAUCACCUACCUUCAAAGCGGUGUGAUAGGACCCAGCAUAGAUGAGAAGGUAUACUAUCGUGAUCGUGACCUUUGUUAUAGAACAAGAAAUGAGAUUGGACAUCAGCUAUCCGAACGUCAACCUAAUGAUUUUCAUGACUGGAGAUGCUUUGCAAGUGAUGUUGGGUUUUCGCAGCAAAUAUCAAAAUUUGAAAGGUCAUCAAACCCUGGAUCGGAGGUAUUAAAAACCUGGGGAACGAGUAAUGAAGCGACGAUAGGAAGGCUAUAUGGAUGGGCAGUGAAGGAACAGAGAUGGGACAUUGUCAAGAUCAUGGAAAAAGAUAUGUCUAAUCUUGGAAUCUAAGAGGAAGGAGGAUCUGGGUCCCGUCUUACAAAGUAUUACGAUUGAUCGGAUCAAUCUCAACUAUAUUAAAAUCCAUUAAUGUCGUACUUUUUUCUACAGGAAAUUUGCACAAUAUCCUUUGUAAACAAAGAGAAGCACACAGAAUUUUCAUGAAAAUGAUGAAUGUGUAAGUAUGCAUCAUAUUUGUUUUGAAUAAACAUGAAUUUUAGAUGUUGAUGUUGCUGUCUUUCCAUAGUUGUGGUUGAUCGGAUCAAUUAUAACACUUUGUAAGAUUUGGCCCAGAUGUCCUCUCUUCUUUAAGGAUGUAAAUAUAAUAUUUCUCUAUCUUCAUGGUUUUCUGACUGUAUCGUCAAUAAUUCAUUUGAUUUUAUCAAUCCAGCAGCCGGCUUUUAUCAGUACUACCAUGGUGGGCCGUUUCAUAAAGCUGUUUGUAAGCUGCGAACAAUGUUUAGAGUGAUUGGAACUUAGUCAAAUAUGGUUCGAUGAACUGUUUAUGAAUCAGUUUUUCAUUUUACAAAUUUUAAAUGAUAAGUAAUGAGAAGAAGUGGAAAUUAGACCAAAUGGGAAUUAUUAGACCAAUUAAAUAGAUUAUACCAAAGUGAUAGUAGACCAAAUGGGUUUCGCCAAUGUGGUAUUGGACUAUCUUAGAAGUAUAGAGGACAAGUGAAUGUAUACCAUCUGUAAGCACCCCUUGUAUGAACUAGGGGGUGUUUCACAAGAUUUCAGUAUGACUUAGAGUCUCACUUAAAUGCCUAUUUGCAUGCAGUAUAAAAGGCAUGACUGCAUUGGUCAGACCAUGCCAAGAGGAUGCGCACUACUGCAUAAGGUUGUGGGUUACAUAUCAUAUACGCGUCAGCAUUUAAGUGCGACUUUAAGUCAUACUUAAAUCUUUGUGAAACCUCCCCUAGGUCUUCUGUUUCUUGUUAAUAGUGUUUCUUCUUUAAAGCAAGGGAACCUGUCUGUAAAGACCUAUUGCUAAGAAGAAAUAAGUUUUCUUGUCUCCCCAGGCUAGUGGGUGUUUCAUAAAGGUGUUUGUAAGUUAGAAAAGACUGUACACACAGCUGUUGAUCCUUUCUUGUGCUAAAUGAUUAAAUCCUGAUGCAGCUCACUUACCACCUAUUUGUUCCACUCAUGCAUAAAGUCAUACAUAACUUUGUAAAUAGGUUUAUAAAACACCCACCAGGGGGUGUUUCACAAAGAUUUAAGUGUGACUUAGAGUUGCACUUAAAUGCUGACGCGUAUAUGAUAUGUAACCUACAACCUUAUUGAUUAAUACGCAGUAGUGCGCAUCCUCUUGGCAUGAUCUGACCAAUGGGGUCAUGCCUUUUAUACAGCACGCAGCUAAGCAUUUAAGUGCAUCUCUAAGUCAUACUUCAAUUUUUGUGAAACACCCCCUUGUCUUUAUGAACAGGUUUCACUGUAUCAGUAUUAAGAUGUUAAUAUUAACUUAAGCCAUCUUUUAAUGAAUCUUAUAAAAAUCACCUAUUGCAUUUGCAGAAAUAGCUAGAUUAGAAAAAAUAGUUUUUAAGGUGCCCGACUGUUACGCACAAAUAAUGCAAGCCCUGAAGUGAUAUUGGUUUCAGUGGAGCUGGCCCCCCCACUGUAUAGGCACACAUGAUACACAUAUUUAUCAUUUAGAUGUGUUUUAUCUCACUUGUAAAGAUAGUUUGUAAUUAUGUGCAAAUGUUUAAGCAGCACCUCCCAAUACCCAAAUUCCAAAGACCAUUUCAUUAUUGUAAUUAUUUCAUUUUGAAUGUACAUACAAUCUUAAGCAAUAUUGCAUAUAUGGACACACAAUGUAUAUUAGUUUUUGACGAUAGAGCAAUAUAUUACAUAGGUUAUGUAGAUUCGAAUCAGUGAUAGGUCAAUACGUCAUCACGUGACCAUAGCUGCGAGGAUCGCAUUUGUUAUAUUCUAGGUUUUGACGUCACCUCAGGGAAUAUACUGCAUUGUAUUUUCAAUUGCGGCGUUAUAUUCACUAAGGUGACGUCACUCGCUGCAUACAAGUUGCGUAACAAGGUAGUUUAUUUGAUGUACGUGCUAAUGUUAACGCGUCGAUUGCAUGAAGAACGCGUUUGAUGUAUUUUCCAAAAAAAAAUCUAUUAUGACGUAGAUGGAUCAGAGCUGUAGCAAGAAUUUCGGGUUUGAGCCAGAUGAUGAAUGCAAUUUCUGAUGGCGAAUCCACAUAUACUAUAUAAUAUAACAGAUAUUGCCUGGUCUAUCGUUUUAAUAAAUAACAUUUCAACUCCCCUCCGACGCUAUAUUUUCCCCUCGGGAUAAUAUUUUCCCUCAGCGCUGCGCGCUUCGGGCAAAAUGUAAUCCCUUGGGAAAAAUAUAACUCCGUUGGGGAGAGGAAAUGUUAUAUUCAAACUCUAGGUAGGCAAUAUCUGUAUAAUAUUUUAUUUUGAUAAAAGUAUAACAAAUUUCACAUGAAUUGCCAAUCUGAAGAAAGGUAAAAUAUCAACAACAACAAAAACACAUUUCCUAAAGAUCUUCUGCGUAGGAUUAUAUCAUAUCAAAUUUCAAAAGGUAACAACAGGUGCAGAUUGCUAUGUUCAAAUUCUUUAGUUGUUUAUUGUCCAAGUAAAUCCAUAUUUAUUCUAUACCAGCCAUAGUAUGUACCAGUAUCUGAACACUUGCUGAUACAGUCAAAUAUACUUCAGCAGUCACCUGAACAGAAGAACCAAAUGUUUAUAAAGACCACUAAUAUUGUUUCCCUUCUAUCACUGGCGUAAAUCCGUGUUGAUGGGUGGGGGGGAUGACUGAAAUAUUUUGGCAUUUUUUUUGCAAUCAUGUUUUUAGAUAUGCAAGGAAUUGUCAUUGGUAUGUCCACAGUGGCGAACCGUGGGUCACGGAAUGGGGGGGGGGGGGCACCAGCAAAAUUUUUGAAUCACUGAGUAAUUCUGACCUAAUAGAGACAUGGACAAUGUCAUUAAAGGGAUAUGUAUCUCACUGAUCAAAUAAUGCGAGCGCAAAGCGCGAGCUGAAAUUUUUUUAUAUUCACACCUAAAAAGGGACAUUGUAAUCAAAUUUGUGUAAUCAUGAUAGGUACCUGUCUCGCUAAACAAUGCAAGCGCGAAGCGCGAGCUGAAGUUUUCAUAUAUUUUUACCCCAAACAGCGAGAUUUUAAGGAAUAUAUUUUAGGAAUCCAUUAAGAGCAUGCAUAUCUCACCAUAGUCAUCUAAUGCGAGUGCCAAGCGCUUGCUGAUUUUAUCAGAAUUACAUCUGAACACAUGAAACACUUUUUGUAGUCAUUGCAAUCAUGAUUAUCAUACGCAUCUCUCUAAUCAAAUAUUGCGAGCGCGAAGCGCGAGCUGAAAAUUUAGAUAGUUCAGACCUGAAGUGGACAUUCUAAGGUUUCUUUGUAGGAAUUAACUAGGACCAUACGUAUUUCAUUAACCAAAUGAUGCGGGCGCGAAGCGCGAGCUGAAAAUUUUUUAUAUUCAGAUCAUCAGAAGGGACAUUUUAAGGACUGAUUUUAGGAAUGCAUGAAGAGCAGACACAUCUCACCAAUCCACUAAUGCGAACGUAAUCACAGGAAAUGUUUCAUAUAUUUUGACAUUCGAUCUUGAUCCCUUCCCAAAGACCCCAACAUUGAUGAAUUGGAAGAAACGGGGGUACCUCUUCAAUGUUAUAAUAAGGACAUAAGUAUUUCGUUUGGAAAUGGUGAACUGGCUCUUUGUUUGCAUUUUAUGAUUCAACGCAUACGCAUCUCUCUAAUCAAAUAUUGCGAGCGCGAAGCGCGAGCUGAAAAUUUAGAUAGUUCAGACCUGAAGUGGACAUUCUAAGGUUUCUUUGUAGGAAUUAACUAGGACCAUAUGUAUUUCAUUAACCAAAUGAUGCGGGCGCAAAGCGCGAGCUGAAAAUUUUUUAUAUUCAGAUCAUCAGAAGGGACAUUUUAAGGACUGAUUUUAGGAAUGCAUGAAGAGCAGACACAUCUCACCAAUCCACUAAUGCGAACGUAAUCACAGGAAAUGUUUCAUAUAUUUUGACAUUCGAUCUUGAUCCCUUCCCAUAGACCCCAACAUUGAUGAAUUGGAAGAAACGGGGGUACCUCUUCAAUGUUAUAAUAAGGACAUAAGUAUUUCGUUUGGAAAUGGUGAACUGGCUCUUUGUUUGCAUUUUAUGAUUCAAUAAAAUUGUUUUAUUUGUUAAGCGGUAUUUCAGGAAGAAUUUUCACCAAUAAAACAAUUAUCUCUUGUGAUUUUUGUCAUUUCUUUCGUAAAAAGUGGGGGGGAUGUUUGUACAGGCCAUCCCCCCCUCCUCGAAAAGUGGGGGGGAUAUAUCCCCCCCAUCCCCCCCGGGAUUUAUAUUGUUCACCAUUGAAAUGUGUACAAUCAAACCUUCUUCAGUGAUCACCUGUAUAGAAGGACCAUUAAAACCUUUAAUUUGGUUUCCCUUGAAUAGUAUUCCAUAUUGAAACAUGUAUUACGAGCACAUGUUCAUUAAGACCACCUGUUAUUAAGACCAUUUUUCUUGCCUUCCUUGGGUGGUCUUCAUAUACACGUUUAACUGUAUUAGAUAUUGCAAUAAAUAUCCAAAUGUAAGAAGAUAUUUGUACAUUAGAUUAUGAUAUAAACAAUCAUGAAUGAUCUGUAAGUGUGAAUGUUUUUUUUUAAUUGAAGAUUCAUUUGUUUUUUCACCCUCUUGCAAUUCCUCAUCAUGUUGAGACUGAUUUGUUGAAAAUCAAGAACGGAAGAAAAUUCAUUUAUAUUCUAUAACAUUUGAUAAUGUCUGUGGAUUGUAUGAAUUGCAUUGCAUUAUACUUUCCUUUAAAGUGCAUUCUUGUAUAUUAUCUACCCCCCCCCCCCUCCGGAAAAAAAAUAAUUAUUAAUCAUAAUGACAAAAUUAUGAAAGUGGUUCAUUAUAGGCAAGAUUAAGUUGUAUUGUUUAUUUUUGGGGGAUUUAUAUUGUGCCUUUUAUGUGUACCUGAUUAUUAUUUUUUUAUGUUUACAUCUUUUUAUAUUAUUUGAAAUCAGUUAAUGUUGCAAGAAGGAGGGAUAUAUUUCUUCUCUAUCACUUCAUAAUCAUUUUCUCAAUGCCCAAAGCAAUAAUGACUUGUAUUAGUUAUUUCUUGGUAAUGUCAUUUAUUUGACGCAAGAUAAAAUUCCUUGCUCUAUAAGAUCAUGCAAGGAAUCAAACCCUGGUCUUUCAUACUGUUUUGGGGUGCAUUGGCACACUCAGCUAAUACACCAUGGCAAAAAUUUCGUUAAAUUAGUUUUUCUUAACCAAAUUAUUGGCUUUCAUACUGUUAUCCCUUGAUCUCCAGUGUGUUUCUUUCUUUCCAAGUACGUUAUCAACUCAAUGAGUGAGUGUUUUAACAUCAUUUUUAUUUUAUUUACAAAUAUAAGAUACAUCAUUUCAGGAAAUUUUCAGUUUCUGAAAGCAAAUGUUUCAGUGAAUAAAGCUUUAUUAUAUAUUUCA